CAACAAGUUGACAAGCAGUCCAGUUCCAAUAGCAGCAGCAACAUCACCUGCGCUGACGAACUCAGACCAAAAUGACCUCCACCGGCAUGAACAUGAUGGGCAGGAUCAUCUUCUAUGAGGACAGGAACUUCCAGGGCCGCUCUUACGACUGUACGAGCGACUUGUCUGACCUGUCCGCCUACAUGAGCCGCUGCCACUCCUGCAGGGUGGAGAGGGGCUGCUUCAUGGUCUACGACCGUCCCCACUACAUGGGGAACCAGUACUUCAUGAGGAGGGGCGAGUACGCCGACCUCAUGAGCAUGAUGAGCAUGAUGGGCAUGAGUGACGGAAUCAGGUCCUGCCGCAUGAUCCCCAUGUACCGAGGCUCCUACAGGAUGAGGAUCUACGAGAGGGAGAACUUCCAGGGUCAGAUGCACGAGCUGAUGGACGACUGCGAAAGCAUCACGGAUCGCUACAGCAUGUCCAACUUCAUGUCUUGUAACGUGAUGGAGGGCCACUGGCUGAUGUAUGAGCAGCCCCACUACAGAGGGAGAAUGAUGUACAUGAGGCCCGGAGAGUACAGGAACUUCACGAGCAUGGGCAUGAGCGGCAUGAGGUUCAUGAGUAUGAGGCGCAUCGUGGAUUCCUUCUACUAGACAAUCACACAAGUCAAAAGAACUCUUUCUGCAACCUGUGAAGAGGAGAGAAAAUUAACCAACCCAUCUAAAAUGUAACUUAGAGGCUGAGAGCAGAGCU